AUGAAUCUGGCUCGAUUCAACUCAAGAUUGAUUGUCCCUACGCGAAAGUUCGUAUUUGCCAAGAUACUAGCCCGUGCCGCCAAGGCACCUGCCUAUAUUGGAGGAAGUGUGCUUGCCGGUGGAUCAUAUGUUGCAUACAAGGCAGAACAAGCUUCUAGUUAUACCCAAGAAAAAUUGUCCCAGAUUAAAGACUUUGCUGAUGGGUUUUUCGACAAGACAGGCGAGUUCUUGAAAGGUAUGGGACGAUCUGACAGUGGUGGAUCCGGUGGCAAUGGUGGUGGUGGUUCUGAUGGCAAUGGCGGUAAUGUCACUACAUUAGGUGCUGCCGCCGCCGUUGGAUUAUCAGCAGAAGACGAUGAAGAAGAAGAAGAGGCAGAAUUGGAAGAAGAAGAAGACGACGAAGAGUUUGAGAAUGAUGAAACCCAGAAUCAUAUGUUGAACUUAACUCGCCAGAUGAUUGAAAUUAGAAACUUGUUGUCGUCUAUUGACCACGACGGAAUUAAAUUGCCUUCGAUUGUUGUUAUUGGAUCUCAAUCAAGUGGUAAAUCUUCAGUAUUGGAAAGCAUAGUUGGCCAAGAAUUCUUACCAAAGGGUUCAAAUAUGGUCACUAGAAGACCAAUUGAGUUGACAUUAGUUAACACUCCGGAAUCCGCUGCCAAUGUUGCCGAAUUCCCAGCAUUGAAGAUGUAUAAUUUGACUGAUUUUGAGCAAGUUCAAAAGAUAUUGUUUGAUUUAAACAUGGCUGUUCCUGAGUCAGAAGCUAUUUCUAACGACCCAAUUCAGGUCACCAUCAAGUCGCCCACAGUGCCUGAUUUAUCAUUGGUGGAUUUACCGGGUUAUAUUCAAAUUGAAGCCGCUGACCAGCCAACUCAAUUGAAAAACAAAAUCAGAGAUUUGUGUAAUCGUUAUUUGGAAGCUCCUAACGUCAUCUUGGCCAUUUCUGCUGCUGAUGUCGAUUUAGCCAAUUCUAGUGCGUUGCGAGCAUCUAGAGUAGCCGACCCUCGAGGUGAGCGAACAAUCGGGGUGGUUACCAAAUUAGAUUUGGUUGAUCCUGAACAAGCAAGAAAGAUAUUAACUAACAAGAAGUAUCCUUUGAGAUUAGGAUAUGUUGGUGUUAUCACCAAAGCUCCCAAUGCCAUUAAAUCUUCGGGUACUUUGUUCUCAAGAAAAAAUUUAACUGGGCAUCAAGCAUUUGUAGCUCAACAAAACUUUGAGUAUGGAUAUUUACGGGAACACAAGGAUGAUUUCUAUCAAUGUAAUGUAGGAACCAGAAAUUUGAGAAGGAAACUUAUGAAAGUAUUGGAAAGAACUAUGGCUGCAUCAUUAAGACCCACCCAUUUAGCUAUUCAACUGGAGUUGGAAGAAACUGCAUAUCAAUUCAAGGUUGAAUUUAAUGAUCGUCCUUUGACUCCAGAAAUGUAUUUGGCUAAUAAUAUAGACAUGAUAAAGUUGGGAGUUAAGGAAUUGAGUCAUAACUUUUCCAGACCGGAAUUACGAGCAUUAUUGAAGAAUGAAUUGGAUCAAAAAGUAUUGGAUUUGUUGGCUGAGAGAUAUUGGAAUAAGCCAUUUGAUCUUAAGAAGAACUCCAACGUUGAACUUGACUUGCGUGAAUUGGCAAAGAUUACCAAUAUAGACGAUGACAUUUACUGGCACAAGAAGUUAGAUUUAACUACGGGAUCAUUGACUAAGUUGGGUGUUGGUAGAUUGUCAACUAAUUUAAUCACCAAUGCUUUAUUUACCGAAGUAGAGAAUUUAGUGGAUAAUACCCAAUUGAGAAACCACCCAAUGGCCAAAGCAGCCGUUAAGGAAGCUGCUAAGAACGUUUUGGGAGCAAAGUAUUAUUCCACUGCUGAUCAAGUGGAAAAUUGUAUCAAGCCAUACAAAUAUGAAAUCGAGUUGGAAGAUCGCGAAUGGCAAACAUCCAAGGAAAAUGCCGUGAAUUUACUACGUGAGGAAAUUAAACAGUGUGAUGAAGUGUAUCAAAAUUUGAAGAAUCAAGUUGGUGGAAGAAAAUUACAACAGGUUGUUACAUAUUUGGAAAAAUUAAAGCAACUGCAAGAGUCAGAUAUUGAUUUAACCAGUAAUGAAACUUUGGGAUUCUCACCUACAUUGAUUCAACGAGGUAAAGAUGCAAUUUUCCUUAAGGAUAGAGCAGCAUUAUUAAAAAUGAGAUAUUCAAUUGUCAAGAAUUCAAAAAUGUGCAAGAAGAAAGAAGGAAAGUAUCAAUGUCCGGAAAUAUUCUUGGAUGCAGUUGCAUCAAAGAUAACAUCAACUGCCAUCUUAUUUUUGAAUGUUGAGUUAUUGAGCGAUUUCUAUUAUAAUUUCCCCCGUGAAUUAGACCAACGAUUCUUUAAUACCAUGACUGCGGAAGAAAUUGAACGAUUUGCCAAAGAGGAUCCAAAGAUCAAGAAACAUAUUGAAUUACAACAAAGAAAAGACUUGUUGGAAAACGCAUUGAGUAAGAUUGAAAGUGUAUUGGCUAUACAAAGGACCACCGAACCCCAAAAGGACGACAAGAAAUCAUCAAUAUUUCCUUGGAAGUAA